AUGCCCUCCGGCCAGGCUCGGCCCUUCCUUAGGAGGGGCGCCGGAACCACUAGCAAGUACAAGAUUGAUUACCCCGCUUUGAAGAACAAGAGAGAUCCGCAGGUUUUAGAGGAUGAAAUGAAGCGACCGGAGAUGCACUACGCCUCUUCUCCCGUGCGACAGAGAGGCACGACGACGAUUCACGAGGAGGGCAGCCUGAAGUACAACGAUGCGCCGCGACCGAUGAGCUCACAGGGAGCCGGCAAAACGGACAGCGGACGCGGAAGUCGUGAGGGCACCACGCCGGACGAGAAUUUGAACCCGGCUGCUGAUCAUCAUAGUCCUGGAAGGCUUUUCGGAACACCGGAAUAUCCGCCGUUUCAACUACCCUCACCUCGAGCCAACGAUUCUGGGCUUUCCAAUUCUGUGCUCGACACGCCCGAAGCGAACACCCCGUUAUUGCCAAAGCAUCGCGAAAUGGUCCUGGAUCCGGAUGACACCGGGACAGUGUCACCGACGGCACGAAAGGAACGAGUGGUCAGCUUGAACCUUGUUGAGCCGCCGGUCCUAAGGCCAGUAGAAGACGAUGCAAAGACGGUGGCCUCUUCUACAUCGCAGCCCGUCUCUUCGCUGGGCACCAAUCGUUCGGAACGGGUGCGAGAUCUACGCAAGUUGGGCAAAGAGGCUGGCCGAGAAAUUAGAGGCUUGCAAGACGCGCUUGAUGGUCGGACUAGUACGCUGAAUGGCGUCUCUGAAAUUACGGAAUAUGACGAUGCUGGGAGUGUCCCAUCAACGAUCCCUGGGCCCUCUCGAAUCUCUGUCCCAACCUACCGCGCCCCAACCGAGGACUCGAAUUAUUUGCAGCGGAAUUUUGGAAGUGGUUAUCGCCCUUUCGCGGAUCUGGUGCCGCUUGCUGGUCAGUCCGUCAGAUCCUCUAUCGCCAAUGCUCUGCCCUCCCAAGCCACCAGAAAGCCACCGCCUCUACAAUCGAGAAAGAAUCAGGUUGAUUCCGUGGAUUUUCGCUCUUUGGGGGCGCCAAGUAGUAGCAAUGGAGACGAGUAUGCCAACAAGGCCAAUCAGCUAAAUUCCUACCAACUCGCUCCGCAACCAAAAACGACAGCUGCUUCCCUCGGCCGUUAUGGGGAUUUCCUUGCUCAGCCAAAACCGUUGCAGCGCUUGGCCGCGGAUAUGAUGACACCGGAACCGAGAGCCAAAGGCCGCCAGCAACCGGAUCUUCGACGUGCUCAACAACUCUGCGACACGAUCACCAGCCUCGAUUUUGCUCGCGCGGAAUGGGAUCGACGCCGGAAGGCGUGUGAGAAACGUUUCGACGCUGAAUGGGCCGAACUGAUCGCCGACCGCGCUGAGCUCGAUGAGAGGAAGAAGGAGUUUGAAGAGCGGAUGCAGCGCGAGACUUCCAACUUUGAGAAGCUGAAAAAGGCUCAGAAUCGUGGCGCCAACGAGAAGGACAAGGAGCGCGAUCGCCAGCUGGACGACGCGAAGCAGCAGAACGCCAAGCUAUUCUCGCAGAAGACGGAUAUCCAGAAUCGGCUGAAGAAACGGGACGCGGAACUGGAGGCUGAAAAGGCGGCACGGGAGACAGAACGCGAUAGAGCUACCCGGUUACAAGGACGCGUCGAACACUUGCAGCAAGAAGUGGCACAACUGCGCGGUCGUGUAGCUACCGGACGAGCGGUUGAAGACAGGACUGUGGCUGCAAAUGCACGCGACAUGCCGAGGCAGCAGUUGCAGAUGCGGAAGAGCUAUGGAUCGGGCGCGGAUAGCGGCUUCGGAUCAACUCAAUCCCUGGGCUCGGUCGCACAUCGAAGACCGUUGAGCGGAAAGAAUGUCCACUGGUCUGACCAUAACCCCAUCCAGCCCACCGCUCCUCCGCUGCCAACGAUGCCCUCCACGUCGUUUGAUCCGGAAAAUAUGUCUUACUUCGAAACAACCGAUGGCCGUUUCGGAAAAGUGCGCACGUUCGUAUCUGGACAUUGGACAAAGGAAACUACCACUCCGUGUGGCUGCAAAUUCUACGAAUACCACAACGGCGACCGUUACUGGAAAGGUUGUGGAAUUACGGUCUAUUAUUUCUUGGAACGUGGCGCCACAGAGGUGGCCCUAGCUAACGGAACUGUCAUGCGCCACUAUGUGGAUGAACAAUUCGAAAUCUUCCGUACUAAUGGCGAAAUGACAUUGAUUCGGCCGGAUGGGACUCGCACGGAGAUGAAGCGUCGUCAGAAUGGGACAUUUGGGACGGAAAGUUAUGCCCUUGCGCGGGACCCCAGUCGUUCUACGUUCAAUGGACGAAGGCCCUUGAACCUGCACGUGGCCGAAUGUGACGCGUGGAUUUGGUAUGACGAAGGGAAUGUCAAAAUUAACAUUGACUCUUCACGACUUCAGAUCCAACUUCUUGCCGCCGAUGAUGCCGGCACAAUCAAGCACAUCCAAAUGAAUGGCGACCGAAAGGAGAAGCACCAGUGCGUCGAGUGGAGUGCGAAGGCGCGUCGCGAGGCUCGACUCCGAGCCGCAAUGAUC